AUGAAGCCUGCCCUGGCCCAUAUACUUUCAACGCAAUGGAAGUAUCAUGACAGGAUUCAUGAGAAGAUUGCGCACUGCCUCUACCAGACCUCACAACUCGCAGGAUUCUCAGGGAAGGUGGUGUGCGGUCGCCGCAUUGGACGUGAAACUGGUCUGACCCUUGGUAUACCCCUACCGUCCUGGGCGUGCUAUAGUAAUGGCAACGUGUAUCCUGAAGAUGAAGAAGAAGACGAUGGCUCUCAUGGCAUUCCGGGGUUGAGUUCCGAGCUGGAGGCGAUACAUCUUGUUGACUUUUUUGACGAUCUAGGCAGACAGUAG